AUGACUGUGCGAAAGGGAAACAAGCGCCUGACCAUCUCCAUCCAGGAACACAUGGCCAUUGACGUCUGUCCCGGGCCAAUCCGCCCCAUACGACAGAUCUCUGCCUACUUUCCCCGCCUCUCGCCCACUUCCUCCGUCUCUGAGUUGAAUCCAGCCAAUCCAUCUGGGUUUCCCGCCACACUCAGCCCCAGCAGCGGAGGAGGGGCAGUAGGUGGAGGAGGAGGGGGCAGCGGUGGCCUGUUGUCCCCACUGUUGGCGGGGGCAACAGGAGACGGCGGAGGGGGCACGUUGUCGGCCAUGAGUAGCAUGGACACAUCAAUCGAGAUUGACAGCUGUGACAGCGAUGACAGCACCGCCUUGGGGACAUUGGAGUUUGACCUGCUGUAUGAGCGAGCCACCAGCUCCUUACACUGCACCGUAAUCAAAGCCAAGGGUCUGAAGCCAAUGGAUUUCAAUGGCCUGGCCGAUCCUUACGUCAAGCUGCACCUGCUCCCAGGCGCCUGCAAGGCGAACAAACUGAAGACCAAGAUCGUGCACAACACCCUGAACCCUGUGUGGAAUGAAAGACUCACCUACCUGGGCAUCACAGAGGAGGACAUGUACAGAAAGACACUCAGGGUGUCUGUGUGUGACGAGGACAAGCUGACGCAUAACGAGUUCAUCGGAGAGUCGCGGGUGGCCCUGCGCCGCGUGAAGCCCGACCAAACCAAGCGCUUCAACAUUUGUCUGGAACACCCACCGCCUCUUCCCUCCCCUUCUGCAAUGAGCGCGGCACUGAGAGGCAUUUCCUGCUACCUGAGAGAGUGGGAGAGUGAACAGCAGAGGAGUCUGGAGGAGAGGGGUCGUCUGCUGCUCUGCCUGCAGUUCCUCCCCACGUCCAGUGUGGUCGAUAAGGCCAAAGGGGAGGCCAAGGAGAUGGCCCACGGAGGGCUUUGUGUGGGUGUGCGACGAUGCGCCCACCUAGCCGCCAUGGACGUCAACGGAUUCUCGGACCCCUAUGUCAAAACGUACCUCAAGCCAGACCUGCAGAAGAAAUCCAAGCAUAAAACAGCCGUCAUAAAAAAGACUCUUAACCCCGAGUUUAAUGAGGAGUUCUUCUAUGAGAUCUCCUUCACGGAGCUGUCCACCAAAACCCUGGAGGUCACCGUCUGGGACUACGACCUAGGGAAAUCCAACGAUUUUAUUGGAGGCGUGUCCUUAGGCUGUCACUCACAAGGAGAAACUCUCCAGCAUUGGAUAGACUGUCUGAAGAACAAGGGCACAAAGGUGGAGCGAUGGCACACGUUGACCAAUGAGCUGCCUGGAUCCACAUUCCAUGAAUGAAAAUGGGCCAAUAAUGAUAUCUCACCACUGUACUGUUUUUGGCCAAAAUGUUUGGCUAAAAUGGGAUUAUCGAUGAAAAGGUGUUCAUCAUCGCAUGUUAUGAAGAUGUAUUCUGAAUGACUUGAACAUUUGAGUUCAGAAAGAAAUGGUAGGGGUGUGGUGUUAAUUGAGCCAAAGGGGUAAGUUAAGGCAUCCUUGUUUCUAAGAAACCAUACACAAAAUGUAUAAUUUGGCCAAAUACUUAGGAAGCGGUCAUCAU